AUGCAAAAUGAGAAUGCCUACCAAGUCAAAAGGAAAUUAGGGAAUGGCUCAUUUGGUUGUGUAUAUUUAGUAUGUGAUGUCAAGAGCAACCAGGAAUUUGCCUGCAAAAUUGUGUCUAAAUCUAUGCUGGGCAAAUAUCAGGCUGAGGGGAUGGUGAGGUAGGAGAUUCAAAUUCAAUCGAGCAUCAACCACAGAAACGUAGUAAAAGUGUUUAAUUCAUUUGAAGAUACUAAAAACAUCUACAUCAUUUUAGAAUAUUGUAAGUAAGGUCAAUUACAACUCCCCUCACAACCUUAUACAAAUAAGCAACUCAUCCAAUUCCUCAACCAGAUGCUCAGCGCCCUUGAUUCUAUUCAUCAAAUGAGUCUUGUGCAUAGGGAUAUCAAAUUAGACAAUAUCCUUGUUCACGAGGAUGGAACUUACAAAAUUUCAGACUUCGGAUGGGCUACCCAACUUUCUUAAAUUAAACCUAUACUAUGUGGUACUACCGAGUAUAUGCCCCCAGAAGUUGUCAAUAACUAAAGUCAUGACCAUAAGGUAGACUCCUGGUCUUUAGGAAUUGUACUCUAUAUUCUUACCCACUGCAGGAAACCUUUUAUUGCCAAGACAGAUCGCGAAUUAAUUAAAUAAAUUUCUGAGAAAGAAAUUGAUAUUGAUACUUCAUUGGAUGAGAAUCUAUAAAUUCUCAUUCAAGCAUUACUUACCAAGGAUCCUAGUUAUAGACCCAAUAUAUAAUAGCUGUAUUUCAGCAAGUGGAUUAAAUUCUAAAUGAAACAACACAAUAUAUUCAAUAGAUACGAACAUGAGAAGUUAAAGAAUAAAUUCAGAAAUCAAAAGAUCGAAAUCAAGUCUGUUGACAAUCGUGCCAUCUAAUUGAGAAAGAAGAAGUAAAUACUUCAAGAUUGUUCUCUGUCUCAUAGUUUAAGUACUUAAUUGAGUAAUUGUGACAUGAACGAGUCAGGAAUAAUAGAUAGAUAAAAAUUUGAAAAACUGUGA